UCCACACACAGUGGAUAAUAAACACCUCCGGCUCCAGUGCGUGUGCAGAGAGCUCUAUAAAGGCAAGUCUCUAACACUUAACAGAUAAAGUUCCUAAUCGUAUUGGGUAACAUCUGAUAUAACCAGAUACACCCUAAACAUGGAGAUAGCGGCGUUAAAGAAGUCCUUCUCAGAAUUUUACUUCGAAGCACCUGGCUUGAACUCUCCUUCUUCUAACUUAACCGAAGACGAGAAAAAACAGAUAUGCUCCUUGCUGGGGGAUGUUGAACUGCACCUCCUGUACAAAGCCAGCAUUCAUGGAUACACAGCUUCAGCUUUCCACCAGAGAUGUGACCACCAAGGACCGACACUGAUUGUGGCCUAUUCCGACACAGGCGACAUCUUUGGGGGCUACACCAGUAAAGAUUACACUCAAACAAGGCAAUAUAUUAAUGAUGAAAAGGCAUUUCUGUUCAGACUCCAAGGCACGACCCCGGUCCAGUUUAAAGUUACAACACCUAAUGGCAACAAAGCUCGUUAUGAUGACUAUAAUGGAGGUCCUUGCUUUGGGCAAGAAGUGUAUUUCCUAUACAGUAACAGUGCACAAGUGUACUGUAAUCUUAGCAACAUCUACAGGUUUAAUGAAAAUAAUCAUUCAGUAAAUAAUUCUGGUCCAAGGCCCCGCACGUUGCGUACAAACUAUCAUCAAUUAAAUCGGCACCUCUCUGAUGUCAACGGGAUGAAUUAUAGUCUGAGUGAAUGUGAAGUCUUCAAGGUAACAGAUGCACCCAAAAUUGCUCCCCAAGCUUCUGUGCAGAAACCAUGGAGGAACGUUCUCUGGACAGCUGAAAGAAGAGCAGAGCUCAUGGAAUCAAUCAAGACUUACAAACCCCUGAUUAGCACUGUGAACAGGAUCCGGGUUCUGCUGAUCGGUCCUAUUGGUGCUGGGAAGUCCAGUUUCUUCAACUCCAUCAACUCUGUGUUCAGGGGCCAUGUGACCAGCCAAGCCAUGUCAGGAUCUUCAGGCACCAGCAUCACUACCCAGUUCCGCACCUACACAGUGAAGGCUGGCCGUGAGGGAAAUGCUUUGCCGUUGAUUUUCUGUGACACUAUGGGAUUGGAGGAGUCAUCAGGGGCUGGACUGGACAUUGAUGACAUCAGCAGCAUCAUAAAAGGUUACAUCCCAGACCGGUAUAAAUUCAACCCUGCAGCAGCAUUUCAGCCAGAUGAUAGAGUGGCUCUCAAGCCUGUCACUCUGCAGGACAAAGUCCACUGUGUUGCCUAUGUCCUGGACGCUGGUAAAGUGUCCCUCCUGCCCAGUAAAGUGGAGGAAAAACUCGCAGCGAUUCGCCAGAGGGUCAACUCACUGGGAAUUCCUCAAAUUGUUCUGCUCACUAAAGUAGAUGAAGUUUGUCCUGAUGUGGGAAAAGAUCUACAGAACAUUUACUUCAGUGCCUACAUCAAGACUAAGUUCCAGGAGACGAGUAAUCGUGUAGGCCUACCCAUGUCUAAUAUAAUGCCAGUGAAGAACUACAGUCAUGAGCUGGACUUGGAGCUGAACUGUGACAUCCUGCUCCUAACUGCAGUGCAACAGAUGCUCCGCUUUGCGGAUAACUACUUUGAUGACAUCAAUCCUGUGUAGGACAUCAUUUUCUAAAGUAGUAGAUGGAUUCAUUUAGAUGCUUUCUUACAGAUACUUAGUUACUUAGUGAACUGUAGGUAAAAUUAAUAAAGAAAUAAUUCAGUAGUCCUAUGUUUAACAUUAUAGUUAGGGCCUAAAGGUAAGGACAGAGUUGGGUCUUGGUUCAGGUUAUAGAAAGUUUAAAAUGUAUGUAUGUUAAAAUCUCUGUAUGUGAAACUUAAUCAUUUAGCAAGCACAACCCAUUUAUAGCUCAGGUUACUUUAUGAAUUGUGGCUAACAUUAAUAAAGAACUAAUUCAGUAGUCCUAUGUGUAAUCUUAUGGUUCAAGCCUAAAGCCUGGGAUAAGAUCAGGGUUCGGUGGAGGGUAGAGACAGGCUAAAAUGUAAAACUUUGUUCUGGAAGAAGGUUAAUCCUCCUGCUGCCAAACUAUGGCUUGAGGAACUGAUAUCUACUCUGCACUUGGAGAGAAUCAGAUAUCUUUUAAAGGGCAACAUUGGACAGUUUCACAAGAUUUGGGACCCUUUCUUCUGUUACCUCAAGAGUAAUUCUAUUCCUUAAUGCAAUGUAAAGUAACUUAAAAGUUGUUUUGAAUGUCAGUGUAUCUUAUAUUAACAGGCUGGAGAAGGGGUGUUACAUUUACUGUGUUAUUUUUAUUUUAUUUUUUUAUUUGUAAGUUUUUGUGCAUAUAAGAAAAUUCAUACUGGAACUUGUGAUUAUUGUAAGGUUAUUCAAUGACUGAAUAAAAAACUUAUUUGACAAAAAAAAAAAAGUAAAACUUUGUUCAAUAUUUAGCAUGCAUAAGCCAUUUACAGUUAUAAAUAAAACUCUAUUCUGAUGUCAGA